AUGUCUGAUGAAGAAGAUUUCCUCUCGGAAGAGUCUUACGAGUUCGAAUUUGAAGACGAUGAUGAUGCUGACAUCCAGGAAGACAACGUGACUGAACAGGACUCAAUUGAGAAGGAAUAUUAUUAUGCUAAAGGUCUAAAAGAAGACUCUGAAGCUGAUGCAAUAGCUAAGUUUAUCUUGCUAAUCAAAAGAGCCAACCCAGAGGAAGAUACAGAGUGGAUAUUUAAGAGUUACAAGCAAUUAGCGAAAUUGAGCUACCAACAACGGAAAUACGAUGACGUUCUAGAGUAUAUCAGUCUGCUUGUUGCUCUCAUACCAAAUUUGGGAGGAAACUACGCAGAAGAGUCCAUAAACAAACUCUUGUCUCGAUAUGGCUCCUCCAACAAUACAGCCUUUGUCAGUAGAAUGUUUGACAUAAUUGUAUCAUAUUUGGAUACGUCCAGCGGGUCGGGUGUGUCUGGUCAGAGAUUAUGGCUAAAAAUUAAUAUCAACAGACUCAACAAUUCCUUAGAAUGCGGUGACUGGGCCCAAUGCAAGCAGCUAAUUGAAGGUAUAAAUGCCAGGCUCGAAGAUGUCUCUGAGCUGACGAAGAACUCGUAUGGAUUGGAGGUAAUUGCUGCCGAGAUAUCAUACACUAUGAGGACGGGCAGUGAUUUAGCAAAGCUUUCAGAAUUGUAUCAAAAAAGCAGAGGUGUCAAUGCAGCCAUUACCCAUCCUCGAGUUAUGGGAAUAAUCAGAGAAUGUGGAGCCACCAUUCAAUUCUACCGCAAGAAUUACGACAAGGCUAGAGUAGAAUUUUAUGAGUGUUUCAAGAACUAUGACGAAGCAGGAUCGGUGACCAAAAAGAAAAUUUUGAAGUACUUAAGCCUAUGUUCACUAUUGACUGAGGAGGAGGUGAAUCCAUUUGAAUCCCAAGAGACCCAGAUUUAUGCCCUCCUUCCAGAGUACCAUAAUCUUAUUGAAUUGACGAAAUGCUACGAGAGGCAGGACCUCCACGGCUUUCUUGAUACGGUAAAAAGAAUCCAUGAUACUAACGACGAGCUCUCGUUCGACAAGAUUUUUCAACAUUCAGAGAAGCGGAUCUUACACAAUCUUAAAGUAAAGAUUCUUGUCAAUUACUUAGGGGCGUAUAGUGUGGUUAGAUACGAUUCCAUUAUUCGAAAGCUUCUAUUAAGUGGUGAUGAAGAGCUCGAGCAACUCAUUGUUUCCAUGGUAAACAGUGGAGUUGGAGUGAACGCACGUAUUAAUUUCAAGGAGAGAUACAUUGAAGUUCCGAGCGAACUUUCCAUUUCGAUUUUGCCUACUGGUCUAGACGCUCAAGUGGUCUGCACCAAUAGAAGAAUCCUUAACAUGAUUAAAUUCGAUGGGAUCUUUGGCCCUAAAACGGUAUUUAAAGCGAAAGAAGAUAAAUCGCUUACAGCCGCCGUCACAAGUUCAGAUGAUGGGAAAACCACUCCUGAGGUUGACAACAAGGAGGAGGAACAGAAAGCAAGUUCGCUUCUUAAACAGGAGGAAGAGUGGCUCCAGUAUAUGAAGAGUGCUUUUCCUCGCAAGAUUCAAAAUGUUGUGAGUCAGAAAGAGCAGAUUUUCUCCGAACAGCAGGAGGACAGCAAACAAGCAGCCCAGAAUUCUGAAGAAAACCCAGAGAAAAAGGCGGCAGAAGAGAGUACAACUGCAGGAAUUUUGGGAUCAAGUUUGGAUUUCGGAGAUGGGAAUGAGGAUGAAGAAGAGGACAUUCCAACGACAAAAUUGGACUUGCUAGAGACCUGGACACAUCUGCUUUACAAUGAAGUGUUCUAUGCGAGAAACGAAAAGCUUAAGAAUUGA